CGGGCGCGGCGCAGGCGCGGUGCGCGCGGCGGGCAGCGGCGCUGGCCGGGCUCUUUUGUUCAGGGCGGCGGACGGAGCGCGGCCAGGCCCGGGCCCCCCCGACCCCCGAGCGCGCCCCCGCGGCCCUUCCCUCGGACACCGGCGGCGGGGCUGUGCACGCAGCCCGGGAAAGCGUUGAAGCUGGCCAGCACAAUGGGAAAAAAGCAGAACAAGAAAAAGGUGGAAGAGGUGCUGGAGGAGGAGGAGGAGGAAUACGUGGUGGAAAAAGUCCUGGAUCGGCGCGUGGUGAAGGGGAAGGUGGAAUAUCUGCUCAAGUGGAAGGGAUUCUCUGACGAGGACAACACCUGGGAGCCCGAGGAGAACCUGGACUGCCCGGAUCUGAUCGCGGAGUUCCUGCAGUCCCAGAAAACCGCGCACGAGAGCGAGAAAUCCGAGGGCAGCAAGCGCAAGGCCGAGUCCGACACGGAGGACAAGGGGGAGGAGAGCAAGCCAAAGAAAAAGAAGGAAGAGUCGGAGAAGCCGCGAGGCUUCGCCCGAGGCUUCGAGCCGGAGCGGAUCAUCGGAGCCACGGACUCCAGCGGGGAGCUGAUGUUCCUGAUGAAGUGGAAGAACUCUGACGAGGCCGACCUGGUGCCUGCCAAGGAAGCCAACAUCAAGUGCCCGCAGGUGGUGAUCUCGUUCUACGAGGAGAGGUUGACAUGGCACUCGUACCCCUCAGAGGACGAUGACAAGAAGGAGGACAAGAACUAAACCCUGCUGGCCCCUGCUCCGGGCAGCCUUCGGGGCAUUUUGGUUUUGGGAGAACGAUCCGAACUUUUGUGGGCUGUGAGCACAGGAGGGGUUUGGAGGAGCCCCCCGGGCGCAGGCCGGUGUCUGUGCCCUGCAGCCACUCCUCUGCUCUGCCGUGCCCAGAUUCCCAGCAGGAUCCCGUGGGAUUCCAGAUUCCAUCGGAGAGGGGGGAGGGAGAACCGGGGUGGGGUGGGGAUUUGGGGUGGGGAGGGGUCUCAGAGCAAAGCCCCUUCCAUGAAGGACUGGCCAGGAUGGCCGGGCUGGGGGUGGGACUGGGGUGGGAAUGGGAUGGACUGGGAAUGCAGAUGGAUCCUGCUUCCCCUCCACAGCCCAUCCCAGAGCCCCAGCCCUGCUCCCAGUAGUGUUCACUCUGCAUUUUUAAGGCGUAGCAUGUGUGUAGGUCUUUUGAUUUGGAUUUUUAUUUUCCUUUUCCUUUUAUUUUUGUUUUGUUUGUUUGUUUCCUCUUUUUUUUUUUUUUUUUUUUUUUUCUUUCUUUUGCUAAUUCCUGGUGUUAUCCUUUGGGAAGGGAGGGAGGGAUUUUAGGGGGAAUUCGAUCUCUUUUAAUCAAGGAGGGGAGUGAGGUCUGGUGAUGACAUUCCCAGACCAUUUCCAAAUUUUCUGUUGUUUUUUUUUUUAAGAAGAACCUGAAUUCAUUAAAAAAAAAAAAAAAAAAAAAAAAAAACUGAAUUCAGUAAAAAAAUUUCAGUUGAUUUAAAAAAAAAAAAAUUAAGGGAGAAAGGGAGAAGAUCCCAGAGCUGGGGACAGAGACACUGAAAACUGUGAAUGUCCAAAAUCUCCGGAGCUGAUCCUCGAGUGAUUUUUAGGGAGAAUUUUUGGGGGAAAGGGGAGGGAAAUUUUGGGGUGGGAGGGGCCAAAGGGGAAACUUUGUGAAAAUGCAACUUUGUGAUUCUGUAUCGUCCUGCAGCGGAACUGCCACUCCUGACACGUGCAUUGUAUGGGGGGGAGGGAUGGAUUUUAACCCUUUUAUUGCCUUUUUAACCCAUUUUUGUUUUCUGUUCUAAGGUGCUAUUUCUCCAAAUCAUGAGGAGGGGGAAAAUCCAAAAAAAAAAAAAAAAAAAAAAAAAAAAAAAAAAAAAAGAUUACUGAAUUUCUUACCACUCGUUCCUUUUCUCACCCUGGAUUUUCCUGCCCAGCAGGGAGGGAAUGUGGCAGGGAGAGGAGCCAACAGCAGCACAAGGAAAAAUCCAAUCAGUCCGAAUUUCUCCCCAAAGCGAGGCUGGGAGCUGCUUUCCCAGAACCUCGGGGGAUUUUUGGAUUUUUGAAAUCAGAUUUAUUUCCCAAAUCCUGAACUAUUUAAGUGACUCCAGGGGUGGGAUCUCGACGUGCAUUGUACAAACCUUUUUUAUGAGCAUGUGUUUGGGUUCCUGUGCAAAAAUCCGUGUGCAAAUGUAAAAGUUCGUGUUUGGAUUUUAACUUCAUACCGAGCUCUGUCCAGUUUUUAUUUUGGGGUUGUUUUUUUUUUUUUUUGGCUUUGUUUCAUUUUGAUUUUUUUUUUUUUUUUUUUGUCUCAAUAAAAUUUUAGA